AUGAUGCAGAUAUCUAGUCUAUCUCCUCUUCCUCAGCUAAGCUCUUUGCAGGUAGCGAAGAUGAUUUGUCUCCUCAUACUCCUCACCCUAGCUUCAGCUUGGAACACGAUGACCUCUCCCGGUCAUGAUCUGCCAGUGGUUGAUCUUGGCUACGAGUUGCAUCAAGCAAUUUCGUUUGAUAGUGAAUACGGUCUUUACAACUUUAGCAACAUUCGAUACGCAGCCCCACCCCUUGGAGAUCUACGAUGGAAGAUGCCCAUGGCCCCCGAGACGAAUCGGACGCACGUGCAAAUUGGAGACAUAGGCCGAGUUUGCCCCGGCGCCCUGCCACUGUGGGGACUUCUACAAGCUCAGUGGCUUUCAACCUACUGGCAAAAUGCGACCCUCGGAAUAUCCCCAGACCUAUCGUCUUAUCCAUAUCAGCCGCUUCCACCAGAUGGACGUACCACUGAAGACUGCUUGUUCUUGGAUAUCAUUGUCCCCAAGGCAAUAUUCGAAAGAGAAAGCUCUGAGAAUAAGAGUCUGGCUCCAGUACUGGUCUGGAUUCACGGCGGAGGGCAAGUCUACGGAGAAAAAGCCGAAAACGAUCCCUCUGGAUUGAUCAAACGAAGCACACGAUCAACGAUUUGCUUUGCAAUGGGUGGCUGA